GGAGGAGGAGGGGAGCGUUGGCGAUUGAACGUCAACGAAGACCUCGCUCGCUCGCAGCUCGAAAAAGUAUCGCAGAACACUCCAUCUGCGAUCCCUUCCCCGUUUCCCCGUUUCCCCUUUCCCUUCCCCCUUCGCUUCCAAUUGACAUUGUUGCGCACCAUUUUGGUGGCUAAAUCAAGGAAGUGGUGAUUUUCUCAUAGAGUUGCGAGAGGGGUUGCAGUGUCGCAGUCGCGAUGGCGGAGUUUUUGGACGCCGAGGCCAUGAACGGCAUACGCAUGUCAUGGAACGUGUGGCCAAGCACGAAGCUGGACGCUAGCAAGUGUCACAUCCCACUCGCGGCGCUCUACACGCCGUUACACGGAGCUGGACCGCAUAGCAAUCCCGUAGCGGUGCUAAAUUACGCGCCGUUGCGGUGCAGGGCGUGCCGCGGUGUGUUAAACCCCUUCUGUGCCGUGGAUUAUCAGGCUAAGAUCUGGAUCUGCCCUUUUUGCCACCAGAGAAACUCGUUUCCGCAUCACUACUCUUCGAUCUCCGAUCAGAACGUGCCCGGGGAGAUUUGGCCGCAGUGUACUACGGUGGAGUAUGCUCCCCCACCCAUGCUAGGAAGUGAGAAGACUUUCUCACCGGUGUUUUUGUUUGUUAUUGAUACGUGCAUUAUCGAGGAGGAGUUAGGGUAUUUGAAGGCAUCUCUGACGCAGGCGAUCUCGCUCGUACCGGAGAAUGCUCUGGUUGGAUUGAUCACAUUUGGAGGGCAUGUGCAAGUGCACGAAUUAGGGUUUUCGGAUUUUGGAUUUUCUAAGGCUUAUGUGUUUCGGGGUUCCAAGGAGUUGACUAAGGAGCAAGUGAUCGAUCAGCUGGGGCUAUCUUCAGGGCCAGCCGGAGGUUUUCAACGUGGCGGGCUUGGUCUUCAAUCCGCUGGCGCUGGGCCAGGUGCUCGGAGUGGAGCUUAUUCGACUGGAGUAGAGAGGUUCUUGCGGUCAGUUUCUGAUUGUGAGUUCGCCAUCAAUUCGCUCCUUGACGAACUCCAGAGAGAUUCUUUUCCAGUAUCUUCAGAUCAGAGACCUGCGCGAUGUACUGGUGCAGCCCUCAAAGUUGCAGCUGGCAUGUUGGCAGCUUGCUCUCCGGAGACUGGGGCUCGAAUUAUAAGUUUCGUUGGCGGACCUUGCACCGAGGGUCCAGGGUUGAUAGUUUCAAAGGAUUUGACUGACCCUAUACGAUCACACAAGGAUCUCGUCAAAGAUUCUGCUGCACAUUUUAACAAGGCUGUGAAGUUCUACGACGGUCUUGCAAAGCAGCUCGUUUCACAAGGGCACGUUCUCGAUGUAUUUGCUUGUGCGGUAGAUCAGGUUGGAGUGAUGGAGAUGAAAGGUGCGAUCGAGAGUACUGGAGGUUUGAUUGUUUUGGCUGAGAGUUUCGGACACUCGGUGUUCAAAGAUUCCUUCAAGCGUGUCUUUGAAACUGGUGAUCACGCUCUUAACUUAUCUUUUAAUGGUGAAAUUGAAAUUAACUGCUCCAAGGAUGUUAAGGUACAGGGUGUCAUUGGUCCGUGUGCUUCUUUGGGAAGAAAGGGCGCUUCUACCUCAGACACUGUCGUAGGUCAAGGGGGAACAACAGUGUGGAAGAUGUGUGGGCUUGAUAAAAGUACAACACUUGCCUUUUUCUUCGAGGUGAACCCAACUACACAAGGAUCAAAUGCAGGGCCGGCUGCACAACAGUUUUAUCUUCAGUUCAUUACCCAGUAUCAACAUAGUGAUGGACAACUAAGGUUGCGGGUAUGCACAGUAACUCGUCGGUGGGGAGAAUCAUCUGCAAGUUCCAGCACAGAAGAAAUGGUUGCUGGUUUUGAUCAAGAAGCUGCUACUGUUAUCUUAGCUAGGUGGGCAUCAUUUAAAAUGGAGACCGAAGAUGAAUUUGAUGCCGUGAGGUUCUUGGAUAGAUUGCUGAUUCGCGUCUCACAGCGGUUUGGGGACUACCGUAAGGAGGACCCCUCUUCAUUCCGAUUAGCACCGACUUUCGGUCUUCUACCCCAGUUCAUGUUCAAUUUGCGGCGGUCUCAAUUUGUACAGGUGUUCAACAAUAGUCCCGAUGAAACAGCUUAUUUCCGAAUGGUGUUGAACCGCGAGAGUGUCACAAAUUCAUUGGUUAUGAUCCAGCCCUCUUUGAUAUCAUAUUCAUUGAGCGAUCCACCUGAGCCUGUUUUACUCGAUGUGGCAUCUAUUGCCCCUGAUAGGAUUCUGCUCUUGGAUGCUUACUUCAGUGUAGUCAUCUUCCAUGGUAUGACAGUUGCUCAAUGGCGAAAUGCUGGUUACCACCUGCAACCAGAUCAGGUAGCAUUUGCUCAGUUGCUACAAGUACCACAUAACGAUGCGCAGGGUAUUAUCUCUGAGAGGUUUCCUGUGCCCAGGCUUGUAGUUUGUGACCAACACAAAUCUCAGGCUCGGUUUCUACUCGCCAGGUUGAAUCCUUCUGCAACUUAUAAUUCGGCAAAUGUACCUGCUCCAGGAGGCGACAUUAUCUUUACUGAUGAUGUGAGCUUGCAAGUCUUUGUAGAGCACUUACAAAGGCUAGCAGUAGUGCAGUCUUGAGGAUCCCAAGGCAGUAGAGCUUCUCAUCAGGAGCUUUAUUGAGGUACAGUGGUAGAGAAGUUUGAGAGGUAGAACAGAGAGUGGUGGCCAGCACAGGCUUCUUGUACCAAACAUUUUCUUUUGUUCCUGUCUUGAUCAUUAAAUCCUACAGUAGGAUUCUUGCUCCUAUUUCUUCCAGAAAUCUAGAUCCGAGUUAUGAUGGAGAUAUACUGCCAAUUAGCACAAAGCCUUGAUGCUAAUUUAGAGAGGGUUAGUAAUUGAUAGUGAGAUCAGUGUGUGAGAUGAAACUGUGUUCAUUUUACUUGCGGAUUGUAAUGUCUUGCGACGUGUAGCUUUCCGUUAGUUUCUCUAUGAUCAAUUGGUAAACCCUUGAAAUUGGACCA